CAGAAGCCCUGUCUCUCUCUCUCUCUCUCUCUCUUUUCUGUGUGUGAGUGUGUGUGUGAGUGUGUGUGUGUGUGUCUCUCUCUCUCUCUUCCCCCUCUUCCCCCUCCCUUCCCAAGCUCUCUAACAUUAAAGCGAAAAUGCUCCUUUCUGUGCCUCCUCGUGCAGGGAUCGCCACUUUUGGCUACAGCAAGAGCAACAAGAAGCCUUAUGUCUCAGUGGCCCAGCAGAUGGCACCCCCAAGUCCCAGUGGCAGCAGCAACAACAACAGCAGCAGCAGCAGCAGCGGGCCAGGCGGCGGAGGCGGCGGAGGGGACCAGCUGAGCAAAACAAAUCUCUACAUCCGGGGCCUGCACCCGGGUACCACAGACCAGGACCUUGUCAAGCUGUGCCAACCAUAUGGCAAAAUUGUCUCCACCAAGGCCAUCCUGGACAAAACGACCAACAAAUGCAAAGGCUACGGCUUUGUGGAUUUUGACAGCCCCACAGCGGCCCAGAAGGCAGUGACUGCACUCAAAGCCAGUGGGGUUCAGGCCCAGAUGGCCAAGCAACAGGAGCAGGAUCCCACCAACCUCUACCUGUCAAACCUGCCACUGGGCAUGGACGAGGCGGAAUUGGAGUCGAUGCUGAAGCCCUUUGGACAAGUCAUCUCCACGCGCAUCCUUCGCGACGCCAGCGGUACCAGCCGGGGGGUCGGCUUUGCCAGGAUGGAGUCUACAGAAAAGUGUGAAGCUAUCAUCACGCACUUCAAUGGCAAAUAUAUCAAAACGCCUCCAGGGGUCCCAGCACCUCCAGAUCCGUUGCUUUGCAAAUUUGCUGAUGGCGGUCAGAAGAAGCGCCAGAAUCAGGGCAAAUACGUGCAGAACGGGCGAGCCUGGCCACGGGAGAAUGACACGGGUGGGAUGACCUUGACCUACGACCCCACAACAGCGCUACAAAAUGGGUUCUACACAACACCCUACAGCCUGGCUCCCAACAGGAUGAUUGCCCAGACUGCGCUCUCUCCUUAUCUCCCGUCACCUGUUUCUUCCUACCAGGUUCACAGCCCGUCAUGGAUGCACCAUCAGUCAUACCUCAUGCCGCCCACGGGCACAGUGCUGACACCUACCAUGGACCAUGCGAUCUCCAUCCAGCCCACUUCCAUGAUGGGGCCCCUAACUCAGCAGCUGGGCCACCUGUCCCUCAGCAGUGCUGGCACGUACAUGCCAGCAGCAGCAGCUAUGCAAGGAGCCUACAUCCCCCAGUACACACCUGUGCCUUCCUCUAGUGUCGCAGUUGAGGAGAACAGUGGCCAGCAGAGCCAUGUGACAGUGGAGUCCCCAUCGGAUCACGCUGCCUAUUCGUACCAGUACAACAAGUAACAACAGCACCAUCGAGCAGCUCAGCUCUGAGCAAUCACUUCGAGGGAGACAACUUUUAUUUUUGUUUAAUUUGUGCUGCGUUUAGAAGAUGGAACCAUAUUUUUUUUCCUGCAAAGAAAAAAGGUUGUUUUUGUUUUUGUUGUUUUGUUUUUUAAAAAAGGAAAUAACCGCAAUAGACUUUUGACACCGAGGAACCAAAGGAGGUUAGUGUGGGGGUGGAAAGGCUAUGGCCCCCCGACCCUUAGAUGUACAGAUGGACUAAGGACUAUUUUAAUACAAGGAAAACAUUUUUGUGUGUGCGUGUGCGUGUGUUUGCGCGUUAAUUUUCUUGUUAACAGCAAAGUCAAACGCUUUGGAUGCCACAAAAUUCCCCAGAGAAGAACAAUUGUUAUUGUUUAUUUUUUUCCUCGCUCUCUUUUUUUGGAAAGAUGGCUCUCCAACUCUGGGAGGAAUUUUUUUGCUCCUUUGAAUUUGUUUUGUUUUAUUUUCUUUGGUCAUUUAAAAGAUUUUUUAAAGGACAAAUAUGCAAAAGUGUUUGAAUAUUUUUUGUUGUUUUAUAAGAAAAAAAAAUGCUCUGAGAAAGCCCCACCUCGCAGCUGUUAGGAAAAAAAAAUCAAUGCAGACUUCUUCUUUUCUUCUUCCUUGGGGUGGGAGUGGGGAGGGAGUGGGGAUUUUGCUUUGAAAGGAUUAUUUUAUUAUUUCAAGAGGGUAAUUUUUUUUUUCUAAAAAAGACAAAUUUACAAAAAAACAAAAAAGGAAACCUACAAAAAAAAUCUACAAAAAAGGAAAACUACAAAAAAAAAAAAUGAACUUUUGACGGCAGCAAGAGGGGCUUGCGUAAAAACUUGUCAAGUUGGAGGGAGAUGAAGUGGCUGGUGGCUUUUCAUGAACGGACUAUUUUGCGGGGGGCAAAAGUUCUGCCCCAGCUGAGAAAGAGAGAGAGAGAGAGAGAAAAAGAAAGAAAGAAAGUUUGCUCCAGACCUCGAUUUCUGCCCUCUGCCCUGUCCAAUGGGACCGGUUCUUGCUGGAUUGCUUUGGACUCUGUUUUGAGCUUCUGCGCAGACCCUUCUUUGCUUCCACACGGACUUCCCCCCUCGCCCGCCCUGCUCUGGAUCAGGGGAACAAUAAACUGAUUGAGGAACCCGCUGCCCCGUGAUGUGUCGUCGCUUCCGGACUCUUGGACACUGAAUGGACGUGUUGCCAGCAACAGUGCUUCGCCCUCCUGCCCUCUCCUGCCCCACCUCCCAACCCCCCCUUGGGACACACACACACAGUGCCUUCUGCUGCCUGCGGUCCGGACUGUGCUGCCGUAUGCCCCCCUCCGACUCCUGCAUGCCUGUCAAACCCAGGUGCACACAGCCUCUCUCUUUUCUUGGUAAACCAGUUGGGGGCGCAGAGGUCGAUGCUUCCAGCUGGCAGGGGGGGAUUUGGGGGGGGCGGGGAGGUCUGUUCCGGUUGCUUUAAAAAAAACCACACACAAAACAGGGAGCAUCUUGCACCUUGCAGGGGAUGGCUGCGUUCCCCUCCCCCACCUCGAAACGGAUAUCCUAGUUACUAUGCACGUUUCCCUUCCUCACCCCCCC